CCUGUGUGUUUGUAUUCGUGACAAAAGUUUUUUUGCGGAACAUUUUUUGUGUACAAUUUAAAGCCAUUUCGGGCGCUAAAUAAUUGUUUAUUGCCUAUCAAUAGUAAAUUACACACGUUUCGCCACAUCGAAGCGAAGUGCAUUACACUGUGAGAGGCGUAAAAAAUACGCAAAUCACGCAGCGAAUUUUGCCCAAUUCGCUAGCUCGGGUGAAAUUCAAUGAACUGAGAAAACAAAGACAGACACACACAUACAUAGAGUGCUUGUGCAGCAGAGCAGGGGAAGAAGCAGAGACAACAGCGCAAUAGCAAGCAAUUAUUUACUUACAAAAUAAAACCAAACCAAACCACUACAAUAAUAUACAUAAACCAAGGCAAACAAUUACAUUAAAACGCGUAGCCAGACAAGACAUCGAGUUUCGUGCGAAGUUUGCCAAGUGUAGCAUUGUACGUGAAAUUUGUGGUCCCCACAGCGGCGCAGAAAAUUGAAAAACUUUUUGCCUCAGAAAGGCAUUAACAUCCUUCGGUACUCCUUCUUUCGUGAACGACGAAGACCACGCUGCAUACAGACGAAGCAUAUAGACAUACAUAUAUAUGCAAUAUAUUUAGGGACGACACGGCGCGGAAAAAUACUAACUAACCUCUCCUCUCGCUACCCACUACACUUUGCGCAUCAUCAUCAGCAUCGGGCUGUGUUUGUGUGCGUGUAAGGGCAUACAUAUAUCCUGUGUGUCCCGUUUGAAUAUUUGACGCCCGUCGCGCUCUGUGUGUUUGAGUGAGCGCGCUAACCUCAGACUGCCCAUUGGAAUAAACGUAAGCCUGUGCCGCCGAAACGGAUACGGCGCCAGGACCACGACGACGACAGCAACAACGUCCACCUUGUCGCCUUGGAAUGUUAAAUGCGGUGAGAACGAUCCGUUCAGUGUAUGUUGUUGUUGGUAGCAGCAGUUCGAGUCGAUUGCAAGCGAGUGGAGAGCACGCAUUAACAGUGGAAGUGGAAGAAGGCGAACUAUCAUCUAACGUUAAUUUAGAUUAUGGCGAAUUUAAAUUUCCAACAACCCCCAAGAAGCAUAGCGAACGCGGCGUUAGCUGGACGGACAACGGGCGGCUUCGGUGGUAGCUCCCUGACCGGCCAUGUUACACCCACGUCUGGCAUGUUCCAAACCGACUUUGCCAACUCUUAUCCAGGUGCAGCGAAUUAUGGGCAGACGCAGCAACAACAGCCACAGCAGCAGCCUCAGCUAUCGCCGAACCGCAAUGCCCAGCUAUCGGUGGGGGGGCCUGCCUUGUCGAGCGGCAGUCGGAACGCGAACCUUUUCGGACAGCGUCAGUUCGUGGAGCGGCGUGCCAUGCAGGGACUAGGCAGUGGACCCAUGUCGAACAUGGGAAACUUCAUGCAGACGGGUCGCGGCGGCUACGGAACGGGUGGCGGUGGGGGGCCAUUGAACAACUUCCACGUGUUUGGAGGCAGUGGAGCUGAUGUCUCCACACCUGCCCUUCUCGAUCCCACGGAGUUCCCGUCGCUAACGAAUGCGCGCGGCCAGAACGACCAAACACUGCCCCAAUCGAAUCCGCUCCAGCCGCCGGGCAGCAAACCCUAUGGUAAUUUCUUUACCUCUUUUGGCAUGGUGAAGCAGCCGACGUCAGAACAAUCGGAGUUCACGAUGUCCAACGAGGACUUCCCUGCGUUACCGGGCACCCAAAACUCGGAUGGCACAACGAAUGCAGUUGGGAGCAGCGGCAGCGGGGGCCUUGGCGUUGGCUCUGGCGGCAACGCCACGGGCGGAGUAACAGAGAACCAUCUGGACGGCACGGAAAAGGCAAUGAACUCAAUUGUGGUCAGCGGAUCCAGCGGCUCCAGUGGCACCAGCGUCGGCGUUGUAGGCGGCAAUGGUCUUGGCGCUGUCGGCAGUGGCUUGGGCGGCGUUGUGGUCGGAGGCGGUGGCGGUGGCGGCAGUGCAGCCCUCGGUUCCGUCGGAAGCUCGCACGUGGGAUUGGUGGGCAGCAGUGGUGUCAACAGCGUGACCAGUAGCAAUGCCAUGAUGGGAGUCGGCGGCGGCCUGGGCAGUGGCACCGGAAGCAGCGGUGGUGCCAGUGGAUGUGGUGUCGGCGACCAUCUGAACGAUAAUUCCAGCAAUGAUAAACUUGUGAAGAGCGGCGUGCAAACUUCGCCGGAUGGCAAGGUCACAAACAUACCAGCGACCAUGGUGAACAAUCAGUUCGGCAUGGUGGGCCUGCUGACGUUCAUACGGGCAGCCGAAACAGAUCCCAACCUGGUAACGCUCUCUUUGGGCACGGAUCUGACGGGCCUUGGCUUGAAUCUGAAUUCACAAGAGAGCUUGCAUACAACAUUCGCUGGACCGUUCGUGGAACAGCCCUGCAGAGCACAAGACGUUGAGUUCAACGUGCCACCCGAAUAUCUGAUCAAUUUUGCGAUAAGAGAUAAGCUUACGGCGCCGGUACUGAAAAAGCUGCAAGAGGAUCUGCUCUUCUUCCUCUUCUACACAAAUAUCGGCGAUAUCAUGCAAUUGAUGGCAGCUGCUGAACUGCAUAGUCGCGAGUGGCGGUAUCAUGUGGAGGAGAAAAUCUGGAUAACUCGAAUUCCUGGCAUUAAUCAAUAUGAAAAAAAUGGUACAAAAGAGCGCGGCACCUUCUACUACUUUGAUGCGCAAAGUUGGAAACGUUUGUCCAAGGUUUUCCAAAUAGAUGCCGAUAAAUUAGAUAAAUGUCCCAAUAUAAGUGCGUUUAUGAAUGGACAGUCUGUAUAAAAUUAAUAAAACUGAAAAAAAUU